UGCGGCGUUGGCUCUCGCUAUCGCUGGUGCCGUGGCGCUGCGGCUGCGGCAACGGCGGCUGUCCCAUGGGUCGUGCGCGACGGAGCCGAGCCAAGCGGAGGCACCCGGCAGCGGCGGCGCCAGCUCACCUCCCGUACCGCAUGCGGUCGGACAGCGCGGGCCGCCUCCGGACGGGGCUGCGGCAGGCGCAGCAGGCGAGGGCGGCUCGCUGCGUGGGCUUGAGGUGGCUGCAGAGGAGGAGCGGCCGCGGGAGGAGGCGGAGGAGGAGGAGGCGCGGGUGGAGGGCAGCGGCGCUGGCGGCACGGUGUACAAAACGGUUCUGGAGCAGCUGACGGCAGGCUCCACCUCACCCAUCACCUCCCGGCUGCUGCAGCUAUCUGCGGACGCCGCCACCCUCCGCUGCGACCCCCUCCACCCCCACCCGCACCCCUACCCGCACUCCAACCCCGACCUGCCCGCGCCCGUGGUAGUCAGCCCCCUCUCGCCUCCCCGCCCCGACCUCGCCCUGGGGGUGCAGUGCGGCGACCAGGUGACGCUGCUGCCGGUGCUGCGAGGCAGG